GUAUGAUUGUGUUGGCUGUUUCUCGAAAGAUCAAAGUACCUGAGGUUCUUUGAGGUUCUUUCAAUUUACAAUUCCUUAAAGUAUAAGAAGUGGCAAAUACCACUAGUUAGUACAGAUCAGCUGGUGAGGAUAAGCAGGGCACUAUGGACAGCAGCAACUCAAGCAGAAUCCACCAAACAUAUACUUAUUAUGAUAAUGUCUACAAAAAUGUUUCUCAGGAUAGUUUUAAUGAGCUGAGGAAUUUUACGAGAGUGAUUUCUCUGGUCUUCUACUACCUGACCUUUAUCCUCGGUGUUCCUGGAAAUGCAUUUGUUGUGUAUGUUGCUGGACUGAAGAUGAAGAUGACUGUUAAUACAGUAGGGUUUCUCAAUCUAGCGAUUGCUGACCUCUUGUGUUGCCUUUCCACUCUUUUCUAUGUGACUAAGAGUGCUUUUGAUAAUCCCUGGCCGUACGGAUCCAUAAUGUGCAAGAUUUUCCCUUUCAUUAUGCUCAUCACCAUGUUUGCCAGUGUUUUCACACUGAGCUUGAUUAGUCUGGAUCGGUUUACUCAGGUGAUCACGCCGGUUUGGGCUCAGAAUCAUCGCAGCUUGUUCAUCGCACGACUGUCCUGUGUAUCGGUUUGGAUUCUGGCUUCAAUUCUCAGUCUGCCUUUUAUGUUUUCAAGAAAGACUUACACAGAAAAUAAUAAAACACAGUGCCGGCUUUAUCAUCCUGAUAAAGACAAUUAUGAAUUGUAUGGAAGGUUUAGCAUCAUCAGAUUUGUGUUUGGCUUUUUGGUUCCUCUCAUAUGCAUCACAACAUGCUACGGAUUCAUCGCACGCAAGAUAGACAGGAGUCAUUUUCACUCUGGACGAUCGUUUCGCAUCAUGUUGGCUGUAAUCGUGGCCUUUUUUCUGUGCUGGCUGCCAUUUCACAUAUUGCAUUUGAUAAUCAUGUAUGGACAGAAACCAAGUCGCUCUGUGGCGUGGGCAGUGUAUCAGUUGGCCGUCUCUUUGGCGUAUUUCAACAGCUGUCUGAACCCCAUUUUGUAUGUUUUCAUGGGGCAGAAUUUUAAGAGCAAUGUUAAACUUUCUCUGAGACGUGUUUUUGAAAGAGUUUUCUCUGAGGAGGGAACACAAGCAUCACAAUCCACACAGUCACAACACAAUGCUUUGUGGUGUCUGUAA